UAGUUAGGUAAAGUUCUUUAGGAAAUUUUCUCCGACACCGGAACAUCAUUGAUCCCCGAAAGUCAUGUGAUAUCAAAUUUUCCCAUGGCCAUCAUGAACUUUUUUGUCAAAGACAAAGAUCAAGCAGACAGGGCAGAGCGCCGGCACAGGGCCAAUUAACCAGAUACCACGACAUUUGCGGUCCUCCAUCACCAUCAUGGCCUGGCAGAGACCGGUUCUCGCAGCUCGGACGUUCCGGCUCCCACGGUGCUUAACCCAAUUCGAGGCCUUCCGACACCAACCAUUUUCGACCACUACUUCUUCUCCCCUUGACGAUUCCCCCAAUGCCGCUCCUCCGCUUGAUCCCAGCGAAUCACUCAGACAGCCAACUCGUAUGCUACCCGUUUCACGGUCGUAUUUUACUGGGACACCCAAAUUUACAGACUACGAGUUGAAGCUUGAAUACCUGAGAGCCAAAUACAUGGAUUUGCCUAGCUAUGGCCCUAGGGAAGCGCCACGAGUAGCAUGGCUAGUAAGGGGCCAAUUUUUGGCAAAGGUCAAUGAAGAAAUAUCUGUUUCGAGGUAUGCGAGGCUACUGAAAAGCUUAAAGGUGUUGAACAAGAUCAAGGCAGAAGUAAUGCCGGCGGAAGUUUCGCAAUUCAUUGAAGAAUUCUCAAGGCCGAGAAAUCUAUACCAGUGGGAACUCAACCCACGGAAGCCUGAUGAGGAUGGCCGAUCCCGUGGCAUAGGGAGGCGAAAGACUGCACAUGCAACUGCUUAUCUUGUUGAAGGAGAUGGCCAGAUUAUCAUCAAUGGGAAAACCAUCUCGGAGGUAUUCCCUAGACUUCAUGAUAGAGAGAGUGCAAUGUGGGCGUUGAAAGCAACAAAUCGACUACAUAAAUACAAUGUAUUUGCUGUUGCUCGUGGAGGCGGUGUCACCGGCCAGGCGGAAGCAGUUACUCUUGCCGUUGCGAAGUCACUUCUUGUCCACGAACCCGGUCUGAAAUCCGCCUUGAGAAGAGCCGGUGUUAUCAGAACCGAUCCCCGUCAAGUCGAGAGAAAGAAGCCUGGAAAGCUCAAGUCAAGGAAGAUGCCCGCCUGGGUCAAACGAUAAUAUCAACGUUGACUUUGCUUCUUAUUGCCUCCAUGGGGCUUUUUUGUUUCUUUCAGAUAUAGUCGCUUGAAACUGUAUUUUAUCUAUCAUGUAUACUCUAGGUGUGGAUUGGGUAAUAGAAUUAUUCGCCGUUAUCGGUUACUCACAUGAUGUGUUAUUACCUAGGUCGAGUAGCAUUUCUAGAAGCACUCGCUACAGCCUAUCGCAAAAAUGCUACGUGGGAUCAGUAACCAAA